GCGAGCCAUCAGUGACAACCUGGUCUCUGAACCACUGGUCAUACCUUUCCUGCCUUCUGUCUUCCUGCCAUCUAAAGAGUUGUUACUGUCUGACAAGCAGAGUUGGAUCAUGCUUCCUGUCAUCGGGAUUCCACAAGUACUCUCCCACAUUCAGGUAUUCUCAAGUAAUGAGUUGAUCAUGUCAGUGGCCGAAGCGAAACGACCUGACGCAACCACUGUUAUGUUCCAAGUGACCAUCCUCUCUCUUGCCCCCACCACCCAGGGUGAGCGACAGCUCUACGUCUACGUCUACUCUCCCCUCACUGGCCAGAACAUUACAGUACCUGUGCUUCUGAAUGUGAGAGGAGGGACGAUAUCAGCUCCUUGUAUUGUCCAACCGGCUGCCAUCUGGUACACUUACCUGGAGUCUUUGUGGGGCACAGCGACUUCUCUCAUCUCCAUCUUUGUCAUCAUCGUUGUCCUCUGGUAUUCAAAUAUAUUCAAUUGGACCAGACUAAUGUACCCCCCGCCUUCGGUUUAUGCUACAAGCACACCAAACACUACACCAAUAUAUCGUAAUGGAUCACCACAACUGUCCGAACAUCGGUCUUUCCUCUACCGACAGCCGUUCUCAGACACAGAACCUGUCUACGGUGACCCGAAUCUGUCUCACUCUCCUGAGGUUACACGGAGAACUCGGAGAUAGUCUGUCCUGUCAUUCUGUGCCUUAAACAACAGAUAUGUCAACAUUGUAGUUGUUGUACUUAUACUGUAUAGACUGUGUUCACUGAUAGUUUUAUCGUAGUUGUACAUUUUAAUCCUCUGCACCCAUAAUAGGUCACAAUUUUGUUUUGGUCCACUAUGUGUUAUACAAAUGUCAAAAUUUGCAAAAUGGACUGUAUUUUGAUUUAAAAUUAUAAACUACUUCAUAUUUAAAAGUUUUAAACAUUUAAUAAGCCAAAUUCCUGCAACCUCUUUGGCGACUAGUUAAUGGUUAGAUUAUAUAGUUUUGCUAAAAAGUAAUAUCAAAUCAUGUAACAUUUUUUAGAUAUCUGAAAAUAAAUUAAAAUUACGCAAUGUACCAGUUGCGAUUUUACGGAACUAAUUGCCAAACAUUCAACAUUAUUGGGUUACUAAGUUUUAAACCACAAAAGGGUGAAAUGCGUGCAGCGGAUUAAAAUUAGUAUUAUUUUUGUAAGCUUUCUUUUAGUGUAAAUAAAGAUUUAUGUGUUCAUUUUAGUCAACGACUCACUUAACUUUUGAGACAUGAAUAUCUAGUAAUAUAAUGUAUAUGGUAACCUUAAAAGUUAUUAAUAUUUAUCAGAUUUCAUUUGUGUAACAAGUAUGACUUAGUGAUAAGAUAAAACAAAUACAAACAAUUUUGCUAGUCCAAGAAUUUAACAUGUUUUCUACAUUGUUUGUGAACUGGUUGUGAAAAAAUCUAAAAUUGAUUGUUUGGCUUUAAGAGGUUGUACAACUUCAAAGUGUAGGUUUAGGCACUAUUUUUUAUCUAUUAACGGAGAUGUUACUGUUAUUUAUUUAUUUUUAUUGAUGUGUUGUAAUAUUGCCAAAGCAAUCUAGUAGGUUACCACAUAAUUAAAACAUUCAGCUCUUAUGAUGUAACUGAGGUGUAAGGUUGGAGGAAUUAAUUAAUUGCAUUGCAAUUUAAAUUUGUUAUUUUAUUUUUCCUUUCUCCCAGAGUAAUGCAAAUAAAUGCAGCAACAAAAUGGUUUCAUUUUUACUUUUUAAUUAAUACAUUUAAUAAAUAUACAAGUUCAGUUAUUUUGUUUUGAUAUUACAAGUAAAUUGUUUUCACUUAAUUCAUAUGUUGCAUCUUACCUUACAAUUUAGCCUUCUUUAUAAUUUUAGUGUAUUUAAACUGUUAUAAUUGUGCUUUUGUUACUGAAAAAAUUAAUGUUAUACUUAAAUUAUUUAUGGAUAAUCUCAGGAUCAUUUUUAUUGACCUAAUUAAAUAUUAUAGCAUACACUCAAACAAUCCAAUGUAGUAUGUCUUAAGGUGACAUGUUCCGGUAGAUCAUUAUUACUUCAUUGUUGGACCUCUAAAGGAGGUGAGAGAUGUCUUUAUUAUAUAGUUAAAAAAUACUCACACAUAAAUAAGUAAAUAAAAAAAAGAACAAAACACAUUGUGUUGUAUAGUUCAUGUAAGCAGUUGUAAUGGCAAAAAGUGGAUGUCUGGAGUUAUGUAAUAAUACCUGCAGUCACUUACAUGUAUUAUGUGCAAUUGUAUGUUGUGCUUUUUAUUAGUUUGUUUAUGUGUUGUGCAUUUUCAAACAUUAUGAUAAAAUCAUCAAUCACCGCGGCUACAGAGCCUUCAAAAACACACCUAAUGAUGUACUGUAUAUGAUUGAUUGACGAUGAGCUCUAAUACCUCUUUUUAAUCCAAAAUCUUUUAGCUUGACUAAUGAGUAAUAUUGAUCUACAAUUUCCAACUUAUCCAAAAUGAUGAGUUUAAUUGUAAAAGUGUUUAGAGCAGGAAAUGAUAUAGGUAAAAUAAGCAAACCCUUCUGCUGCCAACCGAAGCUGAAAGCAGACUUUGGGAAAUUGCAUAUUUUUACCACACUUUCAAAAAUAAACUACAAACAACACUGUCAGAGCUUUAGUUUAAAGCUAACUGUUUAUUGUUAAACAAUCAUUUUAACUUUGUUGUAAAGAGUUUCCAAGUAUCCUUUUGUAUAUUAAAUGUGUAGUUAGUGUAACUCUUAAGUAUUGUGAAUUUUGCUACAAGCCUUUAAUAUGUAAUACAUUUCAGAAAAUAAAAUUCUUUUUUAAAUAA